AUGGCGCCGCGCAGCCGCCGCCAGCUCAUGGGGGUGGGGGGGGCGGGGGGCGUGUGUGAGGGGGUGCCGAUCCCAGCAGCCCCCGCGCUCCCGCCGCGCGCCCUGACGUCACCGGAGGGCGCUGACACGAGGCUGCCGCACCUCGUGCUCUACCUGCCAGGGGCCUACACGGAGGAUCUGCCUUUGCUCACCUGCGCCGAGAUGGCAGCCGCCAGCCAGGCACUGAGCGCCCUGCGCCUCGCUGCUGGCCCCAGGCUGCUGCCGGGGCUCGCCACCUCCUGCCGCCACAACUCCAAUCGCACCUCGGUCUCCCACCUCCGCAGGCAGCUCUACGGCCGGCUCUAUCCUGUCCUCCUGGUCAAGACUGACGGUUCCACCAUCCACCUGCGCUACAAAGAGCCAAAGAAGAUCCUAAUGCUGCCCCUGGACAGCAGCACGCUGCCCGAGGCGGAGCGCAAGGCCCGGCUGCGGAGGCAGUUCCCCAGCAGGGCGAAGGCCAAGCCGGAGGAGACCUUUGAGGCCAUCGACAUGGAAACCUAUAAGCGGUUCUGGAAGAAGUGAGGGUCUGAAAUAAAAAAAGAAAUAAAGCUGGGAAACGA